UUUAACUCGGAGGAGAAAAGUGUGCUCUGUUUGCUCUGCCUCCGGUCCUUCUGCUUGUCUGUGUGUGUGUCUAAAAGGGCAAUAAUGUAUGGAGUGACUGACCUGCCUGGAACCAUAAUGAGAGGAACUUAGUAAACAUUAGUUUUGAUUUUAGAUUAAAAUGGGGUGCACUUAUGUAGCGCUGGUUCUUAAAAAGUAAAAAAGCUCAACAGCAUCUCAUAAGUUAAUUGGAAUAAUCCUGGUGGGCCUUACAGAAUUAAGACACAACGUUUCUUAGACAUUAAAGGAAAAAUCAGUGACUCUAUGACAGAAAUAUAAAGACUUCAUACAGCUGGACUACAUACAGAACCGACAUUUAAAAAGUGUCCUAGCUGAAGUCUUCCGCUCAAACAAUGUGGCCUCUGAGAUAUGCCUGUAGGCUGCUGAAGCCCAUAUGCAUACUGUGUUGUUUACUAUUGAUGCUCUCCCUGCUGACUGACCAUAAAAUAAGAUGGGAUCCUACCUACAUUCUCCGGUACAGCUGGUUGGAUUAUGAUGAUGCUGAUGCUGGCCCAGAGAAAGUGUGCAACUGUUCAGCAAUCCUGCAGGGAGAUGGAGAGGCAGUGGACCAAGCCAAACUACUGGCCAUCACUAAAGACUUCCGAAAGAGGGUUCAGAUUCCUGAUGAGUAUUAUAUCAGUGCAACCAAAGACUGCUGGGAAUUCAAAUCAAGCAAGAAAUACUUAACAUUCCCGUUAAGCAAGGAAGAAGAGGACUUCCCACUGGCUUACUCCAUUGUUGUGCAUCAUAAGGUGCAGAACUUUGAGCGACUGCUGCGAGCCAUCUAUGCACCUCAAAAUCUCUACUGUGUCCACGUGGACAAUAAAUCAGAGCCCUCAGUCCUCUCUGCCAUCAGUGCCAUCAGUUCCUGUUUCCCAAAUGUCUUCAUGGUGAGCGAGGCUGUGACAGUGGUCUAUGCUGGCUGGUCACGAGUCCAGGCUGAUCUCAACUGUAUGGCUGAUCUUUAUAAUGCUGACACAAAAUGGAAAUACUUCAUCAACCUUUGUGGCCAGGAUUUUCCUCUGAAAACCAACUUGGAGAUUGUAAGGGCGCUGCGUUCACUGAAAGGCGGUAACAGCUUAGAGUCAGAAAAACUGCCUGAAGAAAAGAGAUGGAGGGUGGAAAAGUCUCACCAGGUAGUUGAUGGGCAUAUCCAGGCGAUAGGAAAGAAAAAGGAGCCACCUCCCUUCAACCUGCCAAUUUUGUCAGGAAAUGCCUACAUCGUGGUUAACCGAGGCUACAUCCGCAGCUUGCUGGAGGACGAAAAAAUAAAGGCACUGAUUGAGUGGGCCAAAGACACCUACAGUCCUGAUGAGGUUAUCUGGGCAACCAUUCAGCGAGUCCCUGGUGUUCCUGGAUCAACGUGGCCAAACUCCAAAUACGACAUGACAGACAUCAAUGCGAUUGCACGGUUGGUGAAAUGGGAGUGGCAUGAGGGGUCACUGGGUUCAAUGGCGGCGGUCUAUCCAAAAUGUCAUGGCAACCAUGUCAGGGCAAUAUGCGUGUAUGGUGCUGGAGAUCUGCAGUGGUUACUAGCGCAGCAUCACCUUUUUGCUAAUAAGUUUGAUGUAGACAUGGAUCCCUUUGCUAUCUACUGCUUGGAGAGGUAUUUGAGAAAGAAGGCACUACUCGCUGGAAACCAAGGAUGAUUUAAAAAAAAAAAAAUGAGUCCCACGGUUCAGUCGCCAGAAUAAAAUAUUGGCAUUAUAAAUUUCUGCAAACCACAGAUACAUUGAAUCACGAUGUGUCUGAACUGCUGCACCUGUUCUCAUUCCCUGCUCAUCACAUAGUGAAGCUUUGUCAGGAUCAAUGAGACGCAGUUUUAAUCACGCUAUUAAUCCUAACAAACUCUACAGUACUUACGAUUAGUCAGCAGGACUACUUGGUUAGGUUUAGGAAAAGAUCAUGGUUUCGGUUAAAAUAAAUACGCUUAUUAUGUAACUUAAGUUUUACCUUUACAUUCAAACGGGACUCAAAGGUGAUAUGAACCCUGCUCUCAGUGAAAGACAUACAAUUAGCUAAAUAAAAAUCAGUUAAAUUUGUGCACUAUUUUAUUUUUUGCUGGUCAUCUAUCAGAAUAUCUGCUAGGUCCAUCAGUUCAAGACAAAAGAGUUAUUUGGGCAUUUCAAGUAAAAACUUCCUCUUAACAGAUAAUAGUUAGGGUUUUUAUGUGAAUAUGUACUAAAUACAGACAAAAGCAACAGGAAAAAACCCUCUACACAGUAUGCCACCUGAUAGAGCUGGUGCAGGUGCGCAAAGAACAGAGAAAGUGUGUAGUGUUUAAACGUAUUGCUGCACUUUAAGCAGUUGAUACUGUGUUUUUAUAUUUGAUUGUAUUCACCAUGACAUUACAUGGUAUCAAAAAAGAUUAAUUAAUUCACUGUUCAAUGUUAUUUAAAAAAAAACAGGUCAGUUCAAGUGGGAUACUUUUGGUUAUUAUGCACUGAGCAAUGUGUUUAUUGUGAUGUAUGAUAGUUUUUGAAAAGGCUGUUGUGGCUGACACAUCUUUAAUGAAGUAAAAUAUUUGACAUAUUUUGCAACAAAUGAAUACCUUGUUAGCAACAAGCAAAUGUAUACAAAUAUAAGAAAAAGCAAAUAAAAGUAUUUACGAUUCAACCUG